AUGUCGCCCAGCUCGGAGACGGUGCUGGGCAGGCCAGACGCCAUUGCGCCAGAGGUAUCCUUCGGCCUCCAGGACCCAAUUCCCUCCGAAUUUGCAAGUGCAUCAGAGGAGGAUGUAAAAGACGGGGGUGAGCAGCUCGCGCCCUUCUACAUUGCAUUUGUCAACCAGAUGGAGGCGACACGGCCAGAGGUACUACGUGGUGUUCGCGUUGGGGAGCUGCUGCGUUACUUGCCGUGGACUUGGCUACAAGGUGGCGACCUCGAAACUCUGCAUUCACUCAGCCAGCAGACAGAGCACUUUGAUCAGUUUUGGUCCCACAGCUGGAGCGGGGCCCGGUGGUCCAAGUACAUCAACAUACUUUACCUCCAUAAUUGCGUGCCGGCAACCAUUGCAGGAUCAUUGAGCGCUAGUGUAGCCUGCGGUCUCGUCUCAGCGGGAGUUCUGGAAGGGAGAUGGUGCCUCCUCUCCGGGCUUGUUGCCUUUUGCAUCGUCUUGCUGCUUUGGCAUCCACGGAAGCUGGUGUUUAUAGACAUCGCAUGCAUCCCUCAAUCUGACCAAGACAGAAAAGGAGAGGCCAUUAUGAGUAUGGGUGCAUUUUUGAAGCAGUCGACUUCCAUGCUAGUUUUGUGGGAUCCAUCAUGGGUGACAAGACUGUGGUGCAUCUUCGAAAUCGCCGCUUUUCUGCACAGCCGCAGUCCCGGUUGCAAGGCAGAUCUACAGAUUAUUCCUCCCUUGUUGGGGCCAGUGCUUUUGGGCUGUGAGAUGCUGCUCUGCGUAACGGCCAUGGCAUACGGCUACGUGGAAUCCUCCUUGGCCUCUUCGGAAGAGGCAGUCCUCGUGGGAGAAGAAUCUCUACUGCUCCUAGCUGUCCUUGGCCCGCUCUUCAGCUUCGUGACGCACGCUCUUCGAGGCUAUGCCCGCAGUGUUGAGAUGCUUCAAGAGCAACUCCUCGAGUUCAAGGUUGAGCAUGCGAGAAGCGCUUGCUGUGACCAGGGCCAUGAAGACAAGUCACUCUGCGACCGCGAAGUUAUUCUUGAAUGCAUCGCUGCGUGGUACAGCUCUCUGGACAGCUUUGAAUUGCAAGUCCAAUCUGAAGUGCGGAUGGCCAUCAUCGACCAGCUUGCAUACAGAGCUAUCUCCUAUCAACGCAUCGUGCUUCUUUCAACUCCCUAUGUCUGGAUUCGUCUUGAGUAUGCAGCUAGCCGCGCUAGCGAUCCCAGCGGACAAGUAGCCGAUCUGGCCCAGACAUUCACCUACUUGCUUGCGAUCUUCCCUUUGCUGGACAAACUGAGCUUCCGUUUGUGCUACCGCUGGCGAGCACGAUGUUGCAGGCCCUAUGCGGACUUCUUGCUAUCGAAUGCCAUCGUGGUCGUAACCCUCUUGUUCUACAUCGCUUGCUACACAAUCCAAAUCUACGUCUUCCGUCAAACCGAGCGGGCACUUCUCCUGAGUGUGAUCUCAAUGUUUUCCUGGUGGGCUGUCGCAGCCAUCCUGUGGCGAAUCACCUGA